ACUCCUGAGAAAACAGACACUCAGACCCUCUCUGGGAUCUCUGCAUGCUAUGUGCAUCCUGCUGGGAAACAAAAGGUGCUGUCCCGGUGCCACAGAUUCUCCACAAAAUGUCAUGACUUGCACAGGGUAUGAGUGGUUACGUUUUUGGGGGACCUUAGUGCAGAAACUGUAAAUAUUAGUAUCUCAUAAAGGGAAACAUAUGUGUAUGGUAAGUGCUUGGUUAAUUUUACAGUGGCUGGGAUACAUGGCCUGUGACAAGCAUUAGGGAAUUGGCAUAAUUUUUAUGGAAAGCCUCCAUGUGGGGUGUAUUUUCUAAAGAAUGGAAACCGAAAUGUCUGUCCUGAUGGAAAUACAUCAUUCAGAGCUGCUCUCCCCAGAACAGCAACAGCAUGUGGGCAAAGCUAAGGAAAUAAGACAAUAAACAUGCAAACUGUUUGGGGUUUUUUUUGUUUUUUUGGUUUUUUUUGAAAAAUAAUAACUACUCCCGGGAAAAGGGGAAAUAGAUGACUGUGUUCACCAUGUGAAAAAUCUGUGGUUGUAAGGACAGGACACAGCUCGUGACUUCCGUCUUCAAGUUACCUCCCACCCAUUUUGACUCCUGGCUGCCAAUGAGAACAUCGGAGGGAAUAAGGUUAGUUUCAUCUUCGCCAGAGCCUCUUUGUGCAGGUUCCCGGCUGGAGAGGAAACUUGCACUGACCAAGGCUGCUCACAAGAAGAGGACCUGGGGAUGGCAGUCCCAACCGUAGUGACAAUCCAGCCGCAGUACGCUGUGUCCUCUGUCCAGAGAUGCACGUGGCAGACAGGCCUGAUGGACUGCUGCUCCGACUGUGGUGUCUGCUGCUGCGGGAUGUUCUGCUUCCCCUGCCUGAGCUGCCAAGUGGCCGGGGACAUGAACGAGUGCUGCCUGUGUGGGACCAGCGUGGCCAUGAGGACCCUGUACCGCACCAGAUACAACAUCCCGGGGUCCAUUUGCUCUGACUACUGUAUCACCAUGUGGUGCACCAUGUGCUCUGUUUGCCAAAUAAAGAGAGACAUCAACCGCAGGAGGGAGCUUGGCAUAUUCUGGUAA